CUUUCAGUUUCCUUUCUCUCUUCUGCUGUCAGCGAUGGCGUCUGGUAAUCUGAGAGCUGAGCUGGAAUGUUCCGUCUGUCUGAACAUUUAUACAGAUCCUGUAAACCUGAGAUGUGGUCACAACUUCUGCCGGGUCUGUAUUGAUCGUGUGCUGGAUACACAGGAGGGGUCUGGAGGAUAUUCCUGUUCUGAAUGCCGAGAGAAGUUUCAGGAUAAGCCUGCAUUGCAGAGGAACAUGAAAUAUAACACAGUGGAGAAUUUCCAGUCUGCUCAGUCAGAUCAAGAGGAGUCUGAGGUCUUUUGUUCUCACUGUGUGGACUCUCCUGUACCUGCUGUUAGAUCCUGUCUGCUCUGUGAGGUUUCUCUGUGUGAUAAACACCUGAGAGUCCACAAAAAGUCCCCAGAACACAUCUUAUGUGACCCCACCUUGUCCAUGGAGAGCAGGAAAUGCUCCGUCCAUAAGAAGAUCCUGGAGUUUUACUGCACUGAGGAUGAUACCUGUAUCUGUGUGUCCUGCUGUCUGAUUGGAAGACACACGGGACAUACGAUGGAGUCACUGGAUGAGGCUUCUGAGAAGAAGAAGGAGACACUGAGGAACGUUCUGCAGAAACUUCUGACAAAGAGAGAGGAGACGGAGGAAAGAGUCCAGAGUCUUCAGGAACACAGGAGGAAAGUAGAAGAAGAAGCAGCUGGUGACACCGAGAGAGUCACUGUCCUGUUUAGAGAUCUCAGGAGACGUCUGAAAGAUGAGGAGAAUAGAGUCCUGAGGGAAAUCUCCGGGAGGGCAGAGCGGAUCUCCAUCUCCAUCCGGGAUCUGGAAAUAAAGAAGGAGGAGCUGUCCAGGAAGAUGCGUCACAUUGAGGAGCUGUGUAAGAUGACGGAUGGAGCUGCAGACAUAUUACUGGAUGUAAACACAGCUCAUAAUUCUCUACAGAUAUCAGAUGACAGGAAAACUGUAUCCAAGUCAGAUAUAGACCAGAAUCAUUCAGAAACACCAGAGAGAUUUCAAGAUUGUGCUCAGGUGUUGAGCAGUCAGAGUUUCUCCUCAGGGAGACAUUACUGGGAAGUGGAUUUUGGGGGAUCACAUAGAUGGAGAGUUGGGAUGUGUUACCCCAGUAUAGAUAGGAGAGGAAAACAGUCAGGGAUUGGAUGUAAUAACAAGUCCUGGUGUUUGUACAGGGAUGGUGGUCUGCGUAGGAUGGUACAUAACAGUAAAAAGAUCCCCUUGUCCACUAAUAUCUCCAGUAACAGAGUCAGGAUAGAUCUGGAUUAUGAGUGUUAUAGAAAUGUUGAAUUUCAUAUUUGUACCAGGGGAACCAUUGGGAAAAAUAUUAAUGUAUAA